UACGGGAUUGGUGGUUAUACAGUUAUCAUAAUAAUAGAAAGUUGACUGUUUUAUCGGAGUGGAACAACAGGACGACCCGAUUAAUCGUUAAUAAAAUAAGGCGAAAGGAGUUUAUUUGAAAGUGAUUUGCUUGCGACAACUUACUUCGUUCUAUAUCGUGAAAAAAAAAAUAGCUGGAUGACUUAUGAGAAACAAGGGAUUAAUAUUUGUGAUUAAACUUAUGCUAUCGCUAAGCCCUGGAUCUAGUGGUGAUGUUAAUGAAAACAUUAGGUGAACACCAGCAAUGGGAAAUCAAUUGGUUGGCAUUGCUCCAUCACAAAUUUUCCCAGUUGAACAUUACUUGACAGAACAUUCAGACCUUCAGUUCGAUGUCAGCCUCGGGAGCACGAGAUUUUUUAAAGUGGCCAGGGCCAAGUCUCAAGAGGGACUUAUCGUCGUUAAAGUCUUUGCGAUCCACGACCCAAGCCUACCGCUCUCGUCCCACAAGACUCGGGUCGAGCAAAUCCGUAAUGACCUUUCAUCAGCUGUCAACUGUCUAACCUUCCAGAAAGCAAUUCUAAGCGAUAAAGCUGGAUUUUUGAUGAGAGAAUAUGUCAAGUACAGCUUAUAUGAUAGAAUUUCAACAAGACCAUUUCUAUCGCAAAUUGAGAAAAAAUGGAUAGCAUUUCAAAUACUGUACGCCUUAUACCAAUGUCACAAAGUAGGGGUAUGCCAUGGAGAUAUAAAAUUAGAAAAUAUUGUUAUAACUUCAUGGCAUUGGGUUCUUCUGACAGAUUUUGCUUCUUUCAAACCGACACAUUUACCUGAAGACAAUCCUGCUGAUUUUUCAUAUUUUUUUGACACAUCUAGAAGAAGAACAUGCUAUAUAGCGCCUGAAAGGUUUGUCAAAACUUUAGGAUCUGACAGUGGGAGCCAACUUUUGCUUACAGAAGAGAAAAAGGAAGAUCUGACUCCCUCUAUGGAUAUAUUUUCAGCAGGAUGUGCUCUGGCUGAGUUGUUUUCUGAUGGGCACCCACCUUUUGAUUUUUCACAGCUACUAGCUUACAGGACUGGGGAAUAUACCCUUGAUAAAUAUCUGUGUAAACUUGAAGAUGUGCAAGUCAGAGCCCUUAUUGAAUCCAUGAUUCAAAAAGACCCAUCUGCCCGACUUUCAGCCGAAGUGUACUUAGAUCAAGAAAGGGGGAAACUAUUUCCUGAAUAUUUUUACUCAUUUUUGCAUUCUUAUAUGCUAAUUUACUGUCAUACUGCAACGAUUCUAUCACCUGAUGAAAAAAUUGAACGGCUGAAGAAAGAUAUUCAUAAUAUUAUCAAUUUGCUUAAAAGCGAGGAAGAAAAGCAGGCUGAGAGUGAGAAAAAGAGUGGAAAUUCGUAUGAAGCUCUCGUCUUGAUAACAUCUCUAAUCACCUCCUGUAUCCGUGGAUUGCAUUUUUCAACAUCCAAACUUCAAUGCUUGGAGAUACUAGCAGAACUAUCGGCUCAUACAUCCGCUGAAACUGUUCUUGAUAGAAUUUUACCUUAUAUUAUGUAUUUAAUCCAGGACCCAUUCCCCCGUGUCAGAGUUUAUGCAAUUCAUACGCUAACAAAAGCUCUCUCAUACGUUAAAAUCGUUCCUCCUAGUGAUACUAAUGUCUUUCCCGAGUACAUACUCCCUGGAUUAUCUCAGGUUGCUCAUGAUGAAGCUGUGAUAGUACGAACGGCUUUUGCUGAAAAUAUUGCUGAAUUAGCUGAAAUAGCGUUGAGGCUUUUGGAACAUUGGCAAGUAAAUCAUAAUGAUCCCCCUAGCCACAGUUAUGAAAGUGAACUUGCGACAUUGCACCAAAUGGUUCAGCAAAUGGUCUCUGCUUUGCUCGCUGAUCCAGAGAAUAUUGUGAAGCAAAUGCUUAUUGAAAAUGGAAUAACUAAACUAUGUGUGUUUUUUGGAAAACAAAAAGCAAACGAUGUUCUGUUAUCUCACAUGAUAACAUUUUUGAAUGAUAAAGAUGACAAGCACCUCCGUGGUUCAUUUUUUGAUUGUAUAGUUGGCGUAGCUGCAUAUAUCGGAGUGCAUAGCUCUCCAAUUCUUGCCCCUCUGCUUCAGCAAGGCCUAACAGAUUCAGAGGAAUUUGUCGUGAGAAAAGCGAUAAAUGCAACUACAGUCUUAACAGAACUUAGUUUACUUCACAAAAAUGCCUUAUAUCUUUUGUUAGAAGAAACCGCCCCAUUUUUAGUUCACCCCAAUUUAUGGAUUAGACAGGCUGUUGUCGGUUUUAUAUGUGCCUUAGCUCAAACAUUAAACAUGGUGGAUGUUCAAUGUAAAGUUAUGUCGGAAGUUGAACCUUAUUUAAAACAUAAGGUUAUCCAAUUACAAAAUGAAGUUAUAGUGUUAAAUGCGUUAAAACCCUGCAUACCACGUACGGUAUUUGAUUCUUUGAUCAAAUGCUCAGAGUUAAACCUCCUUCUGCAGACUCUUGCAGAACGGCAUAGUGCACGAGGAGGACCAACGACACACGUUUCAUUACCUUCAGCCCUUCCUGCUUCUCCUCAGCAAAGCAACAUUCUCAAAAAUAUAUUUAGAAGACUGAGCUCUGAUGGUAUGACAGAAAAUGUAGAAGAUUUAAUUAUACUUAUGUCAAAUACUUUGAUUAAGAUUAAUCGCUAUCAUUCUCAAGACUCUAAAAGGCUGUCAGAUGGAAAGCUUGAGCUCAGCAAAUUGAAAAUUGUCGUUCCUUGUCAUUCGGCCAAUCUGGGAAAGGUUGAUACAAAGCCGGAUGUUUCAUCAUUCCCAGUUAAUAGGAGACCGACAGAGGAAUCAAGUAAUACAAUGAAUGAAGAAUGGAAGCACAUGUUCGGCAAUGCCGACAACUGUACGGGAAGACAGGAAAAAUCCCAGUCAGGCCAGCACGCUUCAACUCAGCAAUCAUUGGAUAUCGAUUAUAGCCUUCAAGAACGAUCAUUUAUCCAAUACCGAUGUGCACCGUGUCGAUUGGAAUUGAGGGAACUGAUUAAACACAGGGAAAUGCUUUAUAGAGCAUUGUUGAAAGGCAGGGAAUGGAGAGAAGGUGGCUGGAGGCCCACUUUUUCCCCACCCGGCUGGAGAUUAAGACCUGCACUUGUUUCCCAUCUGCACGGACACUCUGGACCUGUGACAAAAUUGGUUCCCCUUCCAGACGCAAUAAUGGCCAGUUGUAGUUAUGACGGAUGUGUACGAAUAUGGGAUUGUGGAAAAAUGGAAGGGAAAAACAUCGCAAAUCGAGCUAGGCAGGUGUACAACUCUCAUAGCGGACCUUUGGUCGGCAUGGCAUUGUGUAACGCAAAAACAUCAUUGGGCAUAGCCAGUCAAACAGGAGCGAUAAUAGUUCUUAAGAUUGAAGCGAAUAAGAAAUCAGUCUUCGAUACUCGCCAGCUAGACCUCGAUGAGGAAGGCGUUCCAGUAGACAUUGCAUACUUCGAUUCUGGGUCGCAAUCCGUUCUCGUAUACUCGACCAUAUUUGGCUGUUUGAUCGGCUGGGAUUUAAGAGCCCCGGGAGUGGCAUGGAAACUGGACAAUGAUAUUAAACACGGAGUCGUAACUGCAAUGCAUAUGGAUUCUAAUCAAUGCUGUCUCUCGGUGGGGACAAACAGUGGCUACAUAACCAGUUGGGACCUGAGAUUUCAUUUACCUAUUGCAACCAUUACACACCCAACAGGGGCUAGGAUAAGAAGGCUAUGUGGUCAUCCAAGCCAACCUUCUUGGCUCAUCUCUGCCGUCGAAGGCAACAACGAAGUUUCACUUUGGUGCAUUGAAAGCGGUUCAAGACAGGCGGUUCUAUGGGGCAGUGGUGCACCACCGCUUUCUAAUACUCAAAACAACACGCAUUCAAUAUGCGGCAUGUAUUCAAGCAUAGUCGAUAAAGUACCUUUUUUACUGACUGGAGGCACAGACCACAGGAUAAGGUACUGGGAUCUCGACAAUUUGGCAAAUUCAUACCUUGCUAUUCCAGCCGGAGGUGAUAUAUCUGGACAAAUAAACUAUUCCUACAAAUGUCGCUUAAUUGAUGGUACAAAUGUAGUUCAUGAGGUACAAACAAAGUGUAAGCAAAAAGGUCCAAGUGUUGAGGAAUCGCCCAGAGCCGGCCCUGACCAGCCGGCAACCGGCCAUCAUAACACUAUAACGGACAUUACAAUGUGCCAGGGGUCUUCACAGUGCUUUAUGGUCACUGCUGCUAGAGACGGCGUUAUCAAAGUAUGGAAAUAAAAACAUAUGCUUCUCGUUUAACCGAUAAAAUAUAUAUAUUUAUAUAAUAUAUCCUAAAAUAAAGCUAAACUAGUCAUUUGAAUAUAUAUAAGUUUAAAAGAAAAUGACCGUUACCUGUUUUAAUCAUUGUUGUAAAUAAAUGUUCGAUUAAACAUUUGUGGACCACAUUAUUGUAUAUUUUUUAUGAAAGAAAAUAUUAUUUUUUCAAGAAAUGUUUUGGUUUAGGGUUAAUCCUCUUUAUUACAAUUAAUCUCUCUAGUUAAUCUGUUUAAAGUUCAGAUUUGUUGUAUGCCUUCUAUUUAAAUACUGAUAAGGGAGAUUAAAAAUAAAAGACUAUAUUUAUAUUUAUGUUAGUAAAUAAACUUUGUUAUUGGUAAA